GGCCUCUGAAAUCAUAAUAUAUAAAGCUAUGCAGCAGCCCAAAUAGCAGCAUAUUAUCUUCAGAGUUUCAGAAAUCAACUGCAGAAGCUUCAACCAUCAUGAACGCCUUCCUGAUGUUAACCGUUAUUGGAGCCAGCAUCGUUCUGUCCGAUGCCGUGCUGCCUCUGGGUGCGGGUUACAACAGCCGCUGCGUGUGUCUGAGGCUGGAGUCACGGAUCAUCCCUCAGGAGAACCUGCGCCGCGUGGAGAUCCUGCCCAGAGGCCCACACUGCAAGACCACUGAGGUUAUUGCUGGUUUGUCGAGUGGAGAGAGGAUCUGUCUGAACCCCAGGACACCAUGGGUUAAAAAACUCAUUAUCUUUAUUGAGAGAAAGGAGCGAGUGACCAAGAAAGUGUAGAGGAUGUUUAUGUUGUAACACUUUGAUUUUCACUACUCUCAAGACACUUGUCUCUGACAUCUUUUUGCUGCCUUCAGAAUAAGAUUUCUGUUUGUUUGUCUUGUAUUGUAAGCCUCUCAUUUUGAUUAAUAUGUUUGUCCUGACAGUUAUUUCAAGAUGAACCAAAAUGAUGUGUCUGUUACACUACACACAUGCCGACUUGUGCACUGAUUUAUUAACUGUUUUAAUUUUAUACUGAUACAAUCAAAGUUUCUGGUGUUGGAAUGUAUGGAUGAUGUUUUUUAAUAAAUCUUUUCUUUUUUUAAAAAUCCAUUCUGCUUAGUGUCCUUUGAGGAGACUAGUAACAUUUUCUCAAGAAAUCAUUUUCCCCAGCAGGUUUUCUUGCGUAUUACAUUUCACAAUGUAUGAUUUUAGUCCAGAUGGAGGUUAAAUGAGAGCCUGAAGCGAUCACUUAAUCACAAGCCUCAUUCAUUAUUCAAAACAUAUGUAUCGUGGGAGAUACUGACCAUCCACUUACUAAAGAAAUUCACAUGCUGUCUUGGGAUUUGAUUUAUUGCUCAUGAGAAAGUAGUGCUUAUCAUUUUGAUCACAGAAGCAGCAUGCAGCAGUUUGACUGCAUUUGUAAAGAUAUCAUUCAACAGAUAUGAGUAUUUCCACGCUUCAUGCCUCACCAAACCGCCACCACAUCACAAAACACGAGUGUCUAAAAUAAGAUAUAUUCAUAUAUACUAGAACAUACUAUAGACACAUAUUGUUGGCAGGAGCUCCUCUCCUCGUCUGACCAGGUGAGACUCAUUUAGUUUCGGUGGUUUGUGUGAAUGAGGGUUUCUUUUGUCACAUGCAUACACUGGGAUUCCUCAAUAA